AAACCAAGUGGUCUCUCCUCUGCCUUGACACAAUUAAAGUAAUUUACCCAAUUUUCUCAAAACGUGCUUCAAUUAGCAGAAAUAAGAGUAAAAAUUAGUACUUGGGGUUUUGAGGGACAAAGUCACAAGGGUCUCCAUAUUUCUGUACCCCAAAAUUAAGUGGUCUGACUUCAUAGUAAAAGACUGCUUUUAAGAGCUUCCAAACAAGAAAAGUAAUUUACAAAGCUGAUACUAGUAUUAUUUGGCUUUCUGCUAUGCUAGCUCUUCUCACCCUACCACAAAAGAAAUUAUCCUCGUUUUUUUUUUUUUUUUUGGGAUCCAAGAAAGUUUUUGGCCAAAGUGCAGGAAUAAUUCCAGUCUGAGGAAGGAAAUCAAAGUGGGAAUUUAGCAAGAUGCUCAAAAGUCACUGUGUUUCACUACCUUUCUCAAAGGAUGAACUAAGCUAAACCAAGUAAUUAGUUGCAGCUAUGAAUUGAUAAGCAAAAGCAAUUUGUUUGUUCAAUCUUAACAGAGCCACAAAUUCAUCUGAAAGGGUUAUGUGUUGGAAAAUGGCUAAUGGGAUGCAAAGCCAAGAGGGUUUGCCAGAAAAUAUGAGAAAGCAGCUUGCUGUUGCUGUUAGGAGUGUUCAGUGGAGCUAUGCAAUCUUCUGGUCACUGUCAUCUACACAAGAAGGGGUACUGGAAUGGGGUGAUGGGUACUAUAAUGGAGAUAUUAAGACAAGGAAGACAGUCCAAGCCAUGGAGCUUAAAGCAGAUAAAAUGGGUUUGCAGAGAAGUGAACAAUUGAGGGAGCUGUAUGGGUCUCUCUUAGAAGGCGAAACCGAUCAACAAGCUCAGAGGCCUUCUGCUUCCUUGUCUCCAGAAGAUCUCUCAGAUGCAGAGUGGUAUUACUUGGUUUGCAUGUCCUUUGUGUUCAACCCUGGCCAAGGUUUGCCAGGAAGAGCGUUAGCAAUUGGUCAACCCAUCUGGUUAUGCAAUGCUCAAUAUGCUGAUAGCAAAAUAUUCUCUCGAUCUUUGCUAGCAAAGAGCGCAUCUAUUCAGACUGUUGUAUGUUUUCCCCAUUUGGGUGGUGUCAUUGAGCUAGGUGUUACUGAGUUGGUAUUGGAGGAUCCUAGUGUAAUUCAACAUAUAAAAACUACUUUAUUGGAGUUCUCAAAGCUUGAUUGCUCCGAAAAAUCUUCCUCUGCUCCUCGUAACCCAGAUGAUGAUAAAGAUGGCAUGUGUGCCAAGGUUGAGCAUGAAAUUCUUGAUACAAUGGCUUUGGAGAAUUUAUAUUCCCCAAUAGAAGAUAUCGAGUUUGAUCAGGCGGGACUUAAUAAAUUAGAUGGAAAUAUCCAGGAAGAUUUCACAAUUGAUUCUCCUGAUGACUGUUCGAAUGGCUGUGAGCAUAAUCACCAGACUGAGGACUCCUUCAUGCUUGAGGGUGUUAAUGGUGGAGCUUCUCAAGUUCAGAGUUGGCAUUUCAUGGAUGAUGACUUGAGCAACUGCAUUCAAGGUUCCAUGAAUUCAAGUGAUUGCAUAUCUCAAGCUUUUGUGAAACAAGAAAAGGUUAUUUCUGCCCCCCAAGGUCGAAAUAUAAAUAAUGUUCAUUUGAAAGAACUUCAAGAAUGCAACCACACAAAACUUAGCUCCUUGGACCUUGGACACCAUGAAGACUUGCACUAUAAAAGAACUCUUUCUACAUUUUUUAAACAUUCUCCCCUGUUGAUGGAGAGCCUGCGUUUUCAAAGUUGUGAUCACAAAUCCAGCUUCAGGUGUUGGAAGAAAGUGAAUCUGGUUGACGGUCAUAGGCCUCAGGAGCAGCAGAGAAUGUUAAAGAAGAUCCUAUUUCAUGUCCCUUUAAUGUAUGGAGGUAGCUCACUGAAGUCCCAAAAUGAAGACUCUGGAGAGGAUUGGAUCCGGAAACCAGAAAGUGAUGAGAUCUGCAUGAAACAUGCUUUGCCAGAAAAAAUAACAGAGGAUGAAAAGUUUUUGGUCCUCAAGUCAAUGGUUCCUUCUAUAAGCAAGAUUGACAAAGCAUCAAUCCUAGGUGACACAAUAGAAUACUUGAAAGAGCUUGAGGCCAGAGUUGGAGAAUUGGAAUCUUGUGUUGGCUUAGCCAAGUAUGAAGGAACAGCUCGAAGGAAAAAUCCAGACAUGGUUGAGCAAACAUCUGAUAACUAUGAAAACAGAAGGAUUGAUUAUACCAAGAAAGCUUGGAUAAAUAAGAGGAAGGCUUGUGAUAUUGAUGAAACCGGCCCAGAACUCAGUAACAUUCUUCCAAAAGAUGGUCCACAGUUAGACAUGAAAGUUAGCAUUAAAGAGCAGGAAGUUCUGAUUGAGAUGAGAUGUCCUUCUAGAGAAUACUUAUUGCUCGAUAUCAUGGAUGUUAUAAACAAUCUCAACUUGGAUGCUCACUCAGUUCAAUCAUCUAAUGUUGAUGGCAUUCUCACUUUAACCGUUCAAUCUAAGCCUAUUCCAUCAUGAAAAAGGAGAAAAAGAAGUUUCGUGGAGCAGCAGUUGCAUCAGCUAGGAUGAUCAAACAAGAGCUUUCAAGGAUUGCCGGAAAGUGUUGAAGAGCCAGGUCGAUAUUGAUCAACCGGUAUUUGUAGGAUUUCAGUUUGUAUAAUUUGCUUCUUAAUUGUUAUGUAACGGGUAUUACCCCAGUAGUGACUUGAGUUCUCCCAUCUACUUCUUAACAUGCAUUGCUUAUGGUUCCUAAACCUUCAAACUUGCUAAUUGUCUUGACCAGUGACUUAGUGAUGUAGAACCAAACCUUGGAUGUAAUUUACCUAUUCCAUCAUUUGUGUUAGUUUUAUUUCAGUGGGACUGUAUAAAAUUUCAUGAUCAGUGAUCUUUUCGCUGAAACCAUGUAAUGUUCAGAAUCUCUGUUAUCAGGAGAAAGGAGUUGAUAUAAAUAAAUGGGAAUUAGUAUGUUCUCAUUAUGAUUUUUUUUCCCAGUA